AGAGUGCUCUCCACACAAAUGUAGGCCUACGACGUCAUCUCUUUCUACUUUUUAUUUCAAAAGAGAUGUAGAUCUAGUAUCCCAUCUCAAAUUUAGAUCUUGAACUUUAGUCAAACAGUUUCUUAUUAUUUGACCUGAGAAAUAUAGACUCAAAAAGAAUGUCGGUUAAUUCAACGAUAACAAUUUCAAAAAACCUAGAUCAGGUUAUGGCGCAUUAUGGGAUUGUUUUAAGAAAUGUUGCCUCCUUGUGGAGUCAGAUGAGCUCCUCCAUUGGACAUGGUGAUAUGAUGUUGACGAAAAGAACCGAAGAAAUGAUUGAGAGAAUGGAGGAGACGAUUGCUAGUUUUAUGGAGAAGGAAAUUAAAGCGGAGAAAGCGAGACAAGCUGUCUUAGACUUAAAGGCAAUAUUAGAUAUUUCCAAGAAAACUGUUGAGGCUAAGAGCAAGCACCUAGGACAAGAAGAGAAACAAAAAGAAGAAAGUCAGACGAUCAGAUUCAAAGAAUAUCAAAGAAUACAUAAACUUCAGGAGGAAAAAGUUUUAUUGGAAAAGGAAAUUCUGCCAACUAAAAGAAAAUUGUCUCAAGUGAAAGAUUUACUGGAAGAGAAAAAUGAGAAGUUGAGAAACAUUGAGAGCUUUCAUGUAGUUCUGACUGAUUAUUGCGCCCAGGACAUGAUUCGUCUGAAAGAUAAAACAGACGAGAGAAGAGCAGAGAAACAUAGAUGGAGUGAAAGUGGUCUAGAUAUUGCCAAUGAGAUUAUGUCGUUUUCCCUUGACCUUGGUGAGCUGAGAAGCCUGGAGAAACAAGUGAGUUACUUGAAAGACACGCUGCACAAUCAGAAAAUUUGGUACGACGAGGAGCUUCAAACGAAAUUAUUUUAUUCUACAAGAAGCAAGGAAAUCAAACACAGGAUCAACUACUACAAAUCUUUGUUAAGGAGAUUAGAAAAAUCUGGACGCAGUGAUGACAACGAAGACGAUUCCGAAGAAAACCAAUUGAAAGGAAGAUCAGAGCAGAUCCUCGUGGAUGGGUCUCCAGGGGUACAGGCGAAUGAAGUAGUCAAUUACUUAAGUCAAAGGUAUGAUUUGAACGUGAUGGCCGACUACACUAUGCUGCGAAGACUGAAAGAAGAGAUCGGGGUACAGGGUCUGGCUUACUUGGUGGAGAAAAUUAGACUUCAGGGUAGUUCUCAGUUCAGCAGCAGUCCAUCGGAUUCGUCUUCUGUGGAUUGGGAAGACAAGAGAGUGGACAAGGCUUUAAGAGCCAUUGCAAUGGAAUACAGGGAACAUGAUGAAAACAAACGUCUGUUCAGAGUUCCUGGCCUCAAUCCUGCAAUAGAAGACCAAAGAGAAGAUCGCCAGCCAAUGGUCUGCUCCCCCUCCUUCUCCAGCAGCUCCAACAUGACCAGGGACACCUCCAACACGGAGUUCUCUGGACUGUCCAGCCCAACCAGCAGAAAGAGCUCAAACAAUUCACUCAAACGUAAAACUUCACUGGCUCGAUUCAAAAAGUUUCUCAAAAUGUAAACAACUUGUUAUCAAGACUAACUCGAAAACAUUUGGACAGAUAGAUUUAGUUGAAUUCAAUGAUAUCUUCAGUUGAAAGCAAAUUGAAACCUUCAUUUCUUUUACAGUUAAUAAAGUUGAGUUGGACACAUUGUU